ACUUGAUUCCUAUGGUUGUGAUGUACUGAUAUGAUGGAAAAAUUUGGACUGUUUGCCAUGUCUGGAAUGUUACAAAUGCUGCAUUAAUUGUCUUUCUAGUUGUAUUUUUCCAUCAUCUGCUGAUAAAAUUUUUGCAGUUGUUUGUUCUCUCUGACUAUUCUGUGUGGUCACACUGAGCUCUUAUCCAUACUUCCCAUGGAAAAACUGGAAAUGUCUUUGCUUGGGGUUUUCAAAUCACUUUCAUUUUGAAUUUUACUUUUAUAGUGGCACACCCCCAAAAAUAGAUACUACCAUGUUAGUGGUCCUCUCUCUACCUCUCUCUCUGAAUUUUUAUGGCAUUUUGUCUUGGUAAAAGCUUUUUGUUAUGUGGAUUUUAGGAGGCUGCCACUAUCCAAAUCACUGUUGUGGGUUUCCAUUAUCCACUUAAAAGUUGCCAGAAAUGAUAACAUCAGCAGCUUGCAAACUUAUCGGUGGGGGCAAAAGGCCCAUGGCGAAUUGGGUCCAGGUGUUUUUGGGGGCUGAGGAGAUGAGAACCUUUCAUGAUGAGAAAGAGCACAUCUUUUUCACCCCCACCCAUUGGUUUCUUUUCUUGGUGCAUCUACUUUUGUUGAUAAAGUUCAGGUGCCCAUGAAUAACCAAACAUGGAUGAUGGAUCUGGAAUAAUGACUUCACUUGAAACGGACGAUGAACUUUCACUCCCAGUAGUUGGCAAAACCAGAUGUUGAAUCAACUAACAUGAAAUAAUCAAUGCAAAAACACACGUCCAUGGAGCUGGCACUGACAUCAACUAUUCAAUUAUCGCAAGGAAAUGGGGUCCCAAAACUUAGAAGAAAUUUUCUUCAAUGGCCCUGAUUGCACCGCAAACAUCACAUGUUGGCCAACUGCACAUCACCCGAGGCAAGCAGUACUACCUAGAAUUUGUACAAGUUGCUGCCAGGGAAGGAGGCGUGGUUCACCAUGCAAAAGUGUGGGGUAUGUUUGGUCUUCUAAAAAAAACUGUAAAUUAAUCUUUAGACCUGCAAAUUAAGAAGAAAAAGGUUCUUACAGAAUGUCCAAACAUGUCUUUACUGGCAAAAAUCAAAUUUAUCCCUUAAAAAAAGGAUAAUUUGUCCAAGACUCAACUGCCCUUUUUCUUCUUAGCUUUAUAGGAUUCUAAAUUCUUCAUUCUCCUCAAUGAGAAAGAAAGAGAGAAAAAGAGAAAGUUAGAACAAAGCCAAAAGGUCAAAAAGGUGUAGGCCUCCAUUUACACCAGCAAGAAGUACUACCUUCGAUGUUAUUUAAAACUUUAACUUUAACCAAGCAAAGUUACUUGAUUAAUGAACCAGGAUCGAGUGAAAACAUGGAUUAGAAUAAUGUGAAAAGGUACCUUUACCUUUGAAACAAUGUUGCUGUAAGGAAUAACUUUGGGAUGAAGGAGAGAAUAUGGAAGAAAAAUUGCAUCAAAAAUACAAAAUUAGACUGUAGCAUAUGAGCAUGAAUGUCAACAUCAUGAAUCCAGGUUCAACAUAAUGGUGCUUUAUCUAACAUUUUUCUGAAGAAAAACAAGUUUUGCUAUCUUUCGUUCGCAGUGUUUGACAUUGGCAAUGGCAUCAAACCAGAAGUUCAGAGAUCUCCAAUGGUUUCUGCAGGCAUUGGAGACUCAAAGCCUUAACCUACACAGCAUUUCCUUCUACCUUUCUCAACCUGUUUCAGGCUGUUAUCAAGAAACGGAAAGUUCCAUGAACAUAAACAUUUCCACAGAUUGCCUUGAAUAUUUCUCCCUCAUUCUUAUAGUACUAGGACCAGCCAAAAACACCUUGCUGUCUCUCAGGGAUUUGGAGUUUCACUGUGUUGAAUGGGAAUUACAACAAAUGCAAAAUCUUGGAGAGCUUUUAGAUAGUAACUUAAACAUCAAGCAACUAGUGUUUCGGCGGAACAGAUUCAAUGCAGAUUGUUUAUCAGAGUUUUCUGAUAUUUUGAAGAGAAAUGGAGCUAUCAAAGAGGUUUUGUUUUCUGAAUCACGUAUUGGGACCGUUGGUGCCACAUUUCUUGCGUCAACUCUCAAGGUGAAUGAUAGCUUGGAAGAGUUACAGAUAUGGGAAGACUCAAUUGGAUCGAAAGGUGCUGAGGAGCUCUCAAAGAUGAUUGAAGCAAACUCAAUGCUGAAGCUUUUGACAAUUUUUGACUCAAGCUCGAUCACAGCAACCCCUCUUAUAUCUGCUGUUUUAGCAAGGAAUAGAGCCAUGGAAGUCCAUGUAUGGAGUGGAGAAAGUGGAGAUAAAAGUUCCAAGGUGGUUGAGUUUCUACCUGAGAGUAGCACACUUAGAAUUUACAGGAUCGCUGUUUCAGGCGCUUGCAGGGUUGCUUGUGCUCUUGGUUUGAAUUCGACUGUUACAUCAUUUGACAUGACUGGAGUACGUCUGAAAUCCCGGUGGGCUAAGGAGUUCAGGUGGGUUUUGGAGCAGAACCAAAGCCUGAAAGAGGUAACCUUGUCGAAAACUUGCCUUAAAGACAAGGGAGUUGUGUAUGUGGCAGCUGGACUAUUCAAGAACAGGCAUUUGGAACGCCUGCAUCUUGAUGGAAACUGGUUCAGUGGGGUAGGUGUGGAGCAUCUACUCUGCCCUUUGAGCAGGUUCUCUGCUUUGCAAUGCCAAGCCAACAUAACACUAAGGUCAGUGACAUUCGGAGGAAAUAGAACAAAAAUAGGAAGAGAUGGACUUGCAGCCAUAUUGCAGAUGUUAACAACCAAUGAAACUUUGACUCGGCUAGCAAUUGUUGAUGAUCAAAGUAUGAGACCAGAUGAUUUUUUCAGAAUCUUCAAUAGCUUAGAGAAGAAUGCCAGUUUGAGGCGCUUGUCCUUACAAGGUUGCAAAGGGGUUAGAGGGGAGAGGGUGCUGCAAGCAAUAAUGGAGACACUACAAAUAAAUCCUUGGAUCGAAGAUAUUGAUCUUGCUAGAACACCACUGCAUAAUGCAGGGAAGGCAGAUGCAAUUUACCAAAGAUUGGGCCAGAAUGGGAAGACUGAACCUGAAACUGAAAAUGAUUUGCUCAAGGACAUGCCACUGACAGAGCCCAAGAGCUGUAGGGUAUUCUUCUGCGGCCAAGAGUAUGCAGGAAAGACAACACUUUGCAAUUCAAUAUCACAGAAUUUCUCUUCUUCAAAGCUUCCCUACAUUGAACAAGUGAGGACCCUCGUAAAUCCAGUUGAACAAGCUGUUAGAACAGUUGGAAUGAAGAUAAAGACUUUCAAAGAUGAAGACACAAAGAUAUCAAUAUGGAAUCUUGCCGGUCAGCAUGAGUUCUAUUCUCUUCAUGAUCUCAUGUUUCCGGGGCAUGGGAGUGCAUCAUUUUUCCUGAUCAUAUCCAGUUUAUUCAGGAAACCAAGCAACAGGGAACCAAAGACUCCAAUGGAGAUUGGAGAGGACCUUCAAUAUUGGCUCAGGUUUAUUGUUUCCAACUCGAAAAGAGCUGUCCAGCAAUGCAUGCUACCAAAUGUAGCAGUAGUCCUCACACAUUAUGACAAAGUCAAUCAAACAUCACAGAACUUACAGGCCACGGUGAAUUCAAUACAAAAAUUGAGAGACAAGUUCAAUGGGUAUGUUGAUUUCUAUCCAACUGUGUUUACUGUUGAUGCAAGAUCAUCUGCAUCGGUCAGCAAACUCACCCAUCACAUUAGAAAAACAAGCAAGACUAUUCUCCAGAGAGUUCCUCGGGUUUAUCAGCUUUGCAAUGAUCUUAUACAAAUUUUAUCUGAUUGGAGAUCAGAGAACUAUAACAAGCCAGCUAUGAAGUGGAAAGAGUUUGCUGAGCUAUGCCAAGUUAAAGUUCCACCUCUGAGGAUUCGCUCUCGACAUGAUAAUAAGGAGAAAAUCGAAAGGAGGAGGACAGCUGUUGCUACUUGUCUUCAUCAUAUUGGGGAGGUGAUAUAUUUUGAUGAAUUAGGCUUCCUAAUUUUAGACUGUGAGUGGUUUUGUGGUGAAGUACUCAGUCAACUGAUAAAAUUAGAGGUUAGAAGGCAAAGCUCAGCAGAGAAUGGAUUCAUCAGCAGGAAAGAGUUGGAGAAGAUUUUACGAGGAAGUCUACAGAGCCAGAUUCCAGGAAUGGGUUCAAAGGUGUUUGAGAACUUAGAGGCCAAUGACGUUGUAAAAAUGAUGAUGAAGCUUGAACUAUGCUAUGAACAAGAUCCAUCUGAUCCAAAUUCUCUGCUAUUGAUUCCCUCAAUUCUUGAAGAAGGUAGAGGAAAACCACAGAAAUGGCAACUAAGCUCCUCUGAUUGCCUUUAUGCAGGGCGACAUCUUCAGUGUGAUGAUUCAAGCCAUAUGUUUCUUACACCAGGCUUCUUUCCACGUUUACAGGUGCACCUUCAUAAUAGAAUCAUGGCACUGAAGAACCAGCAUGGAGCUACUUAUAGCCUAGAGAAAUACCUCAUUUCUAUAACUAUCAAUGGUAUCCAUAUCAGAAUAGAGCUUGGAGGACAGUUGGGUUACUAUGUUGACAUCCUUGCUUGCUCCACCAAGAACCUGACAGAAACACUCAGGCUUAUCCAACAGCUCAUAGUUCCAGCAAUUCAAAGCCUCUGCCAUGGUGUAACUUUGAUUGAAAAUAUUAUGAGGCCUGAGUGUGUGCAAAACCUGAUUCCUCCCAGGUACAGGAAAUCCCAAUUUGUGCCUCUUCAACAACUUAAACAAGCACUACUCUCAGUUCCAGCUGAAAGCAUGUACGAUUAUCAGCACACCUGGGAUUCAGUGUCAGAUUCGGGCAGAUCGAUUCUUAGAGCUGGGUUUCAUUUAGCCCGAGACCUCCUAUCAGAUGAUGACUUCCGGGAAGUGUUACACCGAAGAUAUCAUGACCUGUACAACCUUGCUGUGGAACUGCAAGUUCCACCAGAAAAUAAUCCAGAUGAAGCAGAGAAUUCUUUGUCCAAUGCUGUUGAAAGUGACAAAGUUGAUCCAACUUUCGGUGGAAUAGCCAAGGGGGUGGAAACAGUAUUGCAGAGAUUAAAGAUCAUUGAACAAGAAAUAAGAGAUUUGAAACAGGAGAUCCAGGGACUGAGAUAUUAUGAGCACAGGCUUCUCAUUGAGCUUCAUCGCAAAGUGAACUACCUUGUGAACUUCAAUGUUCAAGUAGAAGGUCGGAAAGUACCCAACAUGUUCUAUUUUGUGAGAACAGAAAACUAUUCAAGGAGAUUGGUAACCAACAUUAUUUCUGGCAUGACUGCUCUUCGGCUGCACAUGUUAUGUGAAUUCAGGAGAGAAAUGCAUGUUGUUGAAGAUCAGGUCGGUUGUGAAGUAAUGCACAUUGAUAACAGGGCUGUAAAGUGCUUAGCUCCGUACAUGACCAAGUUCAUGAAACUGGUAACAUUUGCUCUCAAAAUUGGGGCACAUUUAGCAGCUGGGAUGGGAAACAUGAUACCAGAUUUAAGCAGGGAAGUUGCCCAUCUCGCUGAUUCUUCUGUAAUGUAUGGAGCAGCAGGAGCAGUUGCUGCUGGAGCUGCUGGAACUGCAGCAAUGGGACGGAUAAAUGGAAUCCGAAACAGAAACAGGACCGGAGAUAUUCAGCAAGACCUAAGAUCAGCACAACAAUGGGUGGUGGACUUUUUAAGGGACAGGAGGUGCUCAACCGGAAAGGAUAUUGCAGAUAAAUUUGGGUUAUGGAGGGUGAGAUAUAGGGAUGAUGGCCAUAUUGCAUGGAUCUGCAGAAGGCACAUGACCAUCAGAGCAAAUGAAAUCAUUGAAGUACCUAUUUAGAAUUUGCUGGUGUACAUGUAAUAAAAUGGUUUCUCAUUUUCUAUCUAGUUUGCCAUGGAUUAAGUUAUAAUAACAACCUCAACAGCCACUGCAGCAUUUUGGAAUGACAAAACUUGUUAGCUUCCUUAAAUUUUGAAUGUUACUUUGAUCUUAUGAUGGAAUAAAAAUGUAAA